AUGAUCCUCUAUCAAAGAAUUUCAACAGAUUUGAUCAUUAUACUGAUUCAUACUGUUUCUCAUGGAUCAUUUGAACAAUCCACUAAAAUGUGUGAAAAUAAUUCAUCGAGCUGUGUUAAUGGUCACUGCAUUAAUGGAACGUGUGUAUGUAAUACAUGUUGGAUCGGGAAGACCUGUGAAGAACGAGUAUAUAGAAUUCCAAAAUUCACUCAGACAGUAUUCACCUUCGAAACCAAGUUUUCUAACUGGAUCAAUGGAAGUCUGAUUGGUAGUCUUUCUCUGAGUGAUGAAAACUCCUCCUUAGCAUCAUGUGGAAGUGUUCAAUUUAACAUUGUACCUCGUUCAAACUACUUACCAGUAGCUAUCGAUGGAUCAACUGGUAUUUUGAAAGUUAUUGCAAGUGAUUAUGAAACAAUCAAGAAUAAUCAUACCAUCACUUUUCAAGUGACAGUUAGGAAUGCAAAUACUUCACUAAAUAUAUCUGAUGAUGCAACGGUCAACAUUUUAAUUGAUGAAAAUUAUUCUGGAGAAGAAACAGGAAGUGAGAUGACUGCAGUCAAGAGGGGAGUCAUAGUUCCACCGGAUACUAUCCGUGUCACAUUUUCCAGAGUAUACAUCCAAGAUAAUCCAAAUUAUUGUCUGUUCGAUACAUGGUUUAUUGAUUCCAUAAUUGUCCUCCCACCUGGAAAUAAUAGUUUGAUCAUGAAAUUUUCUGGUCCGUCUAUAAAUAAUAUCUAUUACGGAUAUAUACAAUAUUUGUUUGCUUACUACAACGGUACAAAUAUAGCAAAUAAUUAUCCUGUGAAGUUUAGUAAUCUCACAUACUUGGACAAUAAUUCCUCGCCUUCGGAGUUCACAAUGACAAGUCAGAUAAGUGUUUCAUCCGCUCCUGCCAAUGAUUCAAACGACUUCAGUAUUAAGAUGCGAUUCCAAAUCGGUCUAUUUCCUGGAAUGUCGAUUCCAUCAAUAGGUACCAAUUUAACGGUCAAAAUGGAGACAUUGUUGACUCCAAAGAUUACCGUAGAUAUUCCCAUGAUAGUGUCCUCGAACUGUCCGAUUCAAUAUGAUUCAGUGAAUUUUACCAAGUGCCCAGGGCAAGUGGAAGUCGGUGGGGUUUAUGAAUAUUCUGUGGACUACUUUAUAAGCAGACCCAUUGGCGAUUACGUGUUCACAUUCACUACUGAUGAAUUUAGUGCUUCGAUUGGACAUAUGUCUUUGACGCUACCUAAAACAUUCUCUACAUACCCAGAAGGUUACAAAAUAGAUACGAAACAAUUCGUUGGUGAUAACUUCGUACUGACUACGAUUGGCUACGUUAGCGUUUCAAAUCUACAAAAUCCAGGUGUUUAUGACACAACCUUGCCGAUGACGAAUCGAUCAGUUCGUCUAAGAGUUUUUAUCCAGAUAUAUAAAACAAGUUUGGUAUCCGUUAUGUUUGAAGCAAAAAUCUCACCACUAGGUAAGAAUUCUACAGUGAAUUUUUGUGAGAGCCAACUCAUAGCAUUUGCAGGUCCUAAUUUGGUUGCGAAUAAUUUAUUGACAUUAAAGGAUACCUCAAUCGUGAAUCAAGCUGAAAAGUUACAAUUCUUUAAUCUUCAACUGAGUAUUCUGCCAUCUACGACAGCACGUUAUAGUAUUUAUAUAUAUACUAGUAGUAAACCACAGACGGAACCAUGUUCUGUGGAUUACUUGUUAACAGAAAAUAAUUCAACUAAGAAAAUCAGGCUAAUAACAGAAUACACUGUAUUGCAAGGGCGAAGAACAACAGGCACAACGAUAAUCGGUAUAUUUAGAAACAAUAACCCAUGGAAUGUUUUUUAUAAUUUCCAAAUCAGAUUGAAAUUAUUGUAUGAUACCACCUACGUCUUGGGUGAUACAAUACAACCGUACGUUCGGAUGUUUUCUGGAUCACUAACUGUAUGUAUUGUUAGAGCAAUACUUCCAAUAACGUCUAUGGAGCAACCCAUACCCACUACUCCUGUCUCUAAAACUCCUGUAGUUACUAUUGAAAAAAUCGAACCACGAAAUUCACAACCAACAGUAAACUUUAGUACAAUUGUAGAAGUUCGAGUGAAAUUCGUUGAAGACUUUGUCUACAUGCCAAUAACUUUUCAGCUACAAGUAAAUACGAAUGAAGCAAUAAUAAUCAGACAAAGUAUUCAAACAAUUGGAUAUCUAUUAAAAUCUGUAGCACUUGUGGGCUAUGAUUUUUCUGUUAAACCUAAUUUGGCUAGAUUGCAAAUAAAUUCGGUGUACUUCAAUGAAUCAUGUGCAGAUGCUCAGUGUGAUAUUGCAAUGCGUUAUUCGAUAAUUCCAAUCACCACGAAGCCUUUAAUAAUCACAUCAACAUUUACCUCUGGUGUAUCCAGUUUUACGAAAACAUUAACUAUCACUCCACGAGCUAACUAUUCUACUGUGUUGUCAUCAAGUCAGGUUCCAGGAGUUGAUCUAAUUUCAAUUGAUUCAAAAGCAGUCAGAAAUCAAGUUAUACCGAACUAUUUAACAUCACUGAAGUUAACGCUAACUCUGAAACCAAAUGUAUGGCAGACGAUAUAUUUUCAACUUUAUGCUCCAGGUGCCUACCAAGAAUACAUAUUAGUCAAGCCAAUAAUGUUAAGCCAAUCAACAUCAUUGCCAUAUGUCAGCAUGGUUUCGAACUCUUUAGAAAAUAUGGUUUAUGUCAAUAUAGAAAAAGCUUAUUACGAAGGAAUUGCCACCGAUCAAACGAUUUCGGCAGCAAAUCAGUUAACUUACUAUGUCCCAAUGUUCACUGCAAAUUCUGUCAGACCACUGGUCAAUUUCACUUACAAUUUGACAGUUAAUUCGAUCUCUAUAUUUGGCAGCUUCAUAUUUACUACCACUACUCCAGCAGCAUUUAACACAAACCCUGGAAAUACUUGGACUUUAACUUAUCCAAGUACCACUGAUGUAUACAAACAAAUGUGUACUGGAGGACCGUUUGAAUUUAUAUUGAAUAUGUGUCCGGUUGAAAGACGUUGUUCAUUCUUUACAUACUGGAUCAACAGAAUGGUUAAUGGUAUUGCAGCUCUUAAUGUUACAAAAGUAGUUGUACAACAAGUUAAUCCAGAUGUGUGGUUAUCAACCUCGUUCUCUUUAAAUUUGACAUCUGAACGUAGUUAUGUGAGAGUGGAUUAUGGCCCAUCAUGUCUCAUCAAUCAAAAUCUUUAUUGUUCGCAAUUUAAACAUACUGUUUAUUUAAUGGGAGAUUGCAAUGUGACAACGACAAUAAACUAUGCUUUUCCAACAUUUGUUAAUAUCAGUGGGAGUACAAAAAAUUUUACCGCUACGACUAUGGUAUUUAAUGUAAUACCAAGUUUCCCGAUAUACACUAAAGUAAACUAUAAUUGA